GAAAGUUAGCUCGGAUCGGACGACCCUUCUUGAUCUCCCUCGGUAAAUCACAUCCCAGCCUCUUCCUCCCCCCAUUGAAACCAUCUCUCUCCCCUGCCCCAUUUUCUCGUUGGUGUCCGAGGACCCUGCGAGCGAGCUGGCGAUCGAGGCGGGGACGAGCGCGAGGAAGCGGAAGGCCGCCGACGGCGAAGGAGAAGAAGGCGGAGCGGCGGCGAUGGAGAAGCUUCUUUCCGACCAAGAACCCGCGGCGGGGGAGCCCUCCGAUUCUUGGUCUAACCCUAACCCUAACCCUAACCCUACCUCUGUCGCUCCCAUGAAUGAUUUCGGUUGGUCCAGCAUCAGAGACGACGACAUCAUGCAGCAGCACUCCGCCAUCCGCGCCGAGGAGGCCACCAAGGUGCCCUUCGUCGGAGAUAAGGAGCCACUCUCUUCUUUAGCAGCUGAAUUUCAAUCAGGCAGCCCCAUUCUUAAAGACAAAAUCAAGCUGCUUGGUGAACAAUAUGGUGCAUUGAGGCGAACAAGGGGUGACGGAAAUUGUUUCUAUCGAAGCUUUAUGUUCUCCUACUUGGAGCAUAUUUUGGAGACACAAGACAAAGUUGAGGUCGAUCGUAUUCUUGAGAAUAUUGGAGAAUGCAAGAAGACUCUUCAGGGUCUUGGAUAUGUUGACUUUACCUUUGAGGACUUCUUUUCAAUAUUCAUGGAGGAGCUGGAAAGUGUUCUGCAAGGAAAUCAAACUUCAAUAAGCCAUGAGGAGCUCUUGCUAAGGAGCCGUGAUCAGAUGAUUUCAGAUUAUGUUGUUAUGUUCUUCAGAUUUGUCACUUCUGGUGAAAUACGCAAACGAGCAGAGUUUUUUGAACCAUUCAUUGCAGGCUUGACAAAUUCGACUGUGGAUCAGUUCUGCAAGGCUUCAGUGGAGCCAAUGGGGGAGGAAAGCGACCAUGUGCACAUCACCGCCCUAUCUGAUGCAUUAGGCGUUCCGAUACGUGUGGUGUACCUUGAUCGGAGCUCAUGUGACUCGGGCACUGUGAGCAUAAACCAUCAUGAUUUUGUUCCCAGUUCGAAAUCACCUCAGGAAGGCACUGCCCAGAGUAGUGAAGCCAAAACAGAUCAUCCAGUGACACCUUCUGUGACCCUGCUGUACCGGCCUGGCCACUAUGACAUUCUCUACCCCAAGUAACUUCCUUUGGGUGCUGCCUCAUGAGUUUGGUGUGUUUUACAUUUACAUGUUUUCAUCACAUUGUUGGUUGCGGGCUGCCGAAGGUGGCUUAAAUGGACAGGAAUCGUUGAUUCUGGGGCUGCGCCAUGAAGUGAUCCCAAGUCCCCACACAGAAUACAUUUUGUCAAGAGAACGCCAUCUUUUUUUGUUCUUUUUUUUUUUUUUUUUUGAGAUUGCUGACAAAAAACUAUCAGAUGCAACUGGGACUCUCUGCACUCUGUGUUUAAUGAAGAUUGAUAUCUUGGAUGCAGGGCUAAUAAGCGGAA